AUGAAGGGCGACACGCCCCGAGCAGCCAGAGCGGGACCAAGGGCGGCACCCAGGGCGACACCUAGAACAACACCCCCUCCCGGCACUCAUGGAGCGGACGAGUGGUACAAAGUCUCGACACCAGAGUUCGACACAGUAGCCUAUGAUCCUCUGGACCCUCCCAAGCGAUACCAUACCGGUAUCUUCGUUGAAUUAGACGCCGAAGCUCUCGAAGGAGACCUAUUUCAUGUCACCGGGGACGUCAUCGCCGCCAGCGGCAUGCGGUUCGAAGUGAAAGAGAACUAUGUUCCUGGGGCGUCCCGGUUCUUCCACAGGUCCACGGACAUUGGAUGGAUUCGCAAAGUCGACUAUCCGAGAAUAAGGGGUAUCUUGCAAGCCUUGCCGAGACCGACCAAACAGCAGGGGCUUGACUUCUGGAGCAAGGAUCCAGCGAAGAGGAAUAAGCUGACUUGGACGAAGCAGAAUGGGGAUCUUUACGGGCCAGGCGAAGAACGGCGACCAAUCAUUAAGUGCAAUGAGUGGACACAUGACCUUGCGAUUCCGAAGCUGCGAAGCGAAGGCAUUUUACAUGACUUGGUUUGA